AUGGCCGCACCUGCUGCUGAGGACAAGCCCGGGGAGCACAGCAAGACGAUGCACGUCCUCAACGCCCUCAUCUCCGGCUCCAUUUCCGGUAUGGUGGUGAAGAGCAUGACAGCGCCGCUCGAUCGGGUGAAGAUCAUCUACCAGGCGUCGAGCAAGCCUUUCUCCUACAAGAAGGGCCUCAAGACGGCGGAAAAGAUUGUUGCCGACACUGGAUGGAAAGGCCUGUGGCGCGGCAACACCGCCUCCAUGCUGCGCGUCGCCCCUUACGCGGCCAUUCAAUUCACCGUCCACGAGCAGCUGACCAUCUGGUUCAAUGUGCGCACCUACGAGCAGAUCGUCGAAUCGCCGGUGCUCGGCUUCCUGGCGGGCGCCCUCGGCGGUGGUGCCGCUAUUACCGCCACCUACCCUCUGGACGUCAUCCGCGCCCGCCUGAUCACCGACCAGUCCUACCGAGGAAUCGGCCACGUCAUUCGCCGCGCUCUGCACCCGAAGAUGAAGGCUCGAGAGGCGCGGAAGUACAGCCUCUUCCGCGGCUACACCGCCGCCAUCGUCGGCAACGUCCCCUACACGGGCGUUUCCUUUCUCAUCUACGAGCUCUUCAAGAUGAGCUACUUUGUGCAGGCGGCCACCAGCAAGAAUCAGCUGGUGCUGGCGGUGGAGUACACCGUCCUUGGCUUCACCGUCUCCCUGCUCGGCCAGACGCUCAUUUACCCCUUUGACGUGCUGCGCCGCCGCAUGCAGGCCAACGUCAAGGAGGACCUGAAGAUGCGCCAGCUGGCGGUGGCCAUCGCCGAGCAGGAGGGCCUCCGCGGCUUUUUCAAGGGCGUCUCACUUAGCUGGUUUAAAUUGCCGGUGGUGAUGGGCAGCAGCAUGGUCUGCUUUGAUCUGGUCUACCAGCUGCUCAACAAGUACGGCUCCUGA